AUGGAUUUUGCAUCACAAAACACCAAAAAAAGUAGUCUUGUCCAUGUCUUUCUUGUCGCAUUUACGGGUCAAGGCAUUGUUAACCCUCUUCUUAGACUAGGGAAGUGUGUUGCUAGCAAGGGUAUGUUGGUUACCUUCUCUGCACCCGAACGAGUUGGCAAAGAGAUGAGAGCUGUCGAUGAGAACUUGAUCAUCGAUAAACCAACUCCUUAUGGAGACGGUAUGAUCAGGUUUGAAUUCUUUGAGGAUGGAUCCUCGGACUAUGUUGAUCCAUCCAAAAUUAAUGAUUUUGACUUGGUGAUGGAAAUGUUUGAACAAGCUGGAAGAAGGAGCUUGACUAAAAUCCUGAAGAAACAGGAUGACGAAGGUCGUCCUGUUUCUUGUAUAGUCAACAAUCCAUUUUUUCCAUGGGUAUGUGAAAUUGCUGAGAGUCUUGGAAUACCUAACGCGUUGCUUUGGAUUCAAUCUUGUGCUUGUUUUUCGAUAUAUUACCAUUAUAAUUUCAAUCUAGUGCCUUUUCCAAGUGAAUUCGAACCUGAAAAGGAUGUCAUCCUACCUAGUAUGCCUGUUUUGAAAUACUAUGAUCUGCCUACGUUCCUACUCCAUUCAAGUGGAUUCGAAUCAGUGUUGAAACGGAUUAUGUUGAAUCAAUUCAACAUUUUGUCCAAACCUUUUUGCAUUUUGGUGGACUCAUUCCAAGAACUUGAACAUGAGGUGGUAAGGCAUAUGUCGAAAAUUUGCCCCAUUAGAACUAUUGGUCCCUUGUUAUUCAAUGACCCUAAAAUCAUUAGUCCCAUUCGCGGUGAUUGCACAAAAAUCGAGGAGGAUUGUAUCGAGUGGCUUGACUCGAGGCCAACAUCUUCAGUUGUUUACAUUUCAUUUGGUAGUGUUGCAGUUCCUGAUCAAGAACAAGCAGGUGAGAUCGCGUUUGGACUAUUAAAUUCGGGGAUAUCUUUCUUAUGGGUCAUGAAGCCACCCCCUGCCUAUUCUGUUUUUCAGCCUGUUGUGUUACCUGAUGGUUUUCUUUCGAAAGUCGGUGGAAGGGGGAAAAUAGUGACAUGGUGUCCACAAGAACAAGUCUUGUCUCACCCUUCUGUCGCCUUUUUUCUCACACAUUGUGGAUGGAAUUCGUCGAUGGAGGCAAUUUCAAGUGGCGUCCCCAUCAUGGCUUACCCUCAAUGGGGUGAUCAAGCCACAAACGCAAAGUAUUUGGUUGAUGUGUUCAAAAUGGGGAUCAGAUUAAGCAGGGGUGAGAAUGGGAGUAAGAUAAUUACAAGGGAGGAGAUCGAGAAAUGCUUGCGUGAAGCCACUAGUGAUGAUUCGAAGGUAGCAGAGAUGAAAGAAAAUGCGCACAAGUGGAAGAAACAAGCAGAGGAAGCAGUGGCAGAGCGCGGCUCCUCUGCUAUCAAUAUCCAAGCAUUUGUGGAUGAGUUGAAAAAUAUCCAUGCCAAGAAACAAGAAGAAAACGCCUAGUGAUCGAUAGUGUGUUAGUGUGUGCGUGUGGAGUUGGUGUUAGUUUGUGUUUUUACCAUUUCUAAAGUUCAAGAUGCACACUUGAAAGAUUGUUCAUUCCAAGUUUAACUUCAACCUAUUACAUAAAUAUUGAAUUUAUUUGUUAUUU